UACACCCGCUACUGCUAUAGCUCUGGUUUGGGUUGCAAUGGGGGAUCAACGUCAUCAACAUAUACUCCCAAUCAUUGGACAUUCAUAGACACACUCCCACACGUGUCAAGCGUGGACCCCGCCUCGUAAUUUUACCUUCGCCCGUAAGCUUAAAAUGAAGGGACCCACUAGCUGAGGUCACCGAAUAAAAAAGUAAUUCCACCACCCUAGUGCUCACUGACUCAAAAGCCAUCCCAUGUACAACAUAGGUUUUCAACACCAUUUUCCCCAUAAUACCCUCUUAACCCUAACCAAUUACGCGGUUUUAGCCCUACCGCAUCUCCUUAAAUACGACCGCCCUAAGCUGCGUUUCUUCCCUUUCUCCCUCCUCCCUUUCCCCAUCCCUAGUUUCCACCCAUGCUUUCUGCUCUUCCCUCUUCCGAUUCUCUGCUGGGAAAUGCAUUCCCAGCCUUCGACUAUGCUCUCGGGCCCUGGGAUGGGCCUGAGUUUUUUAGCUUCAAGCCCACUAGCCCCAACCCCGUCACCUCCAGUUCCGCUUCGGACGACCCCAACCCAACCCCUGCCGACCAAAAACCGGCCUCGGACCAGUCGAACCGCGUUGUGUCCCUCACGGAGGAGCGAAAACGCAGGAGGAUGAUAUCGAACCGGGAUUCGGCCCGAAGGUCACGCAUGCGUAAACAGAGACACCUAGAGAACUUACGGAACCAGACGAACCUGUUUCGCGUUGAAAACCGGGAACUGAACAACGGGUUUCAGUUCCUCCUUCACCACUGUAACCGUCUACGAACCGAAAACGAGUGGCUCCGGUCCGAACGAACCCUGCUCCGCCAAAAACUGGCCGACAUAAAUCAAAUUUUGCUUUUCCGACAAUUGCAACCAUUUUCCACUGCAUGGCCGUGCAAUAUUGUCAUGGCAGAAUAAAGCUUUGAUCACCAUUAACCACAUAAACUACUAAUCAUAAUUCAGCGUUCCUUAAGUAACUAAAGACGGUUAAUAUUUAGAGCAGUUAAAGGUGAAGUAGGGUGGGUGGUACCGGUUCUUUUUUUGGAAACACGGUUACGGUUUUGGAAAAUACAUGCUAUUUUUUUUCAAAACCAGAAGGGUUAUUAGUUAUUACUAUGUAAAGUAUUACUUAGUGUUUUAGUUAUUCUAGUGUGAAUGUAGCUUUUUGUGGUUGUUUGCUGAUCAAAUGUUAAUAAGAAAUGAAUAAUCUUUAAUUAAAAGAAUUAUUGUGACGAAGAGAAAAAAAAA